CCGGUCGGCUCAUUUACUGGUUAUCAGCCGGAGUGUUCUGUCAGUCCGCCAAAACAUUAAACAUGUCCCCCAUUAACGGAAGAGUUCGGAAUGGAAACAGUGUUUCCCUGCCGGAGGUUGUGGAUACUGAUGAAAAUGGACAAAAGAGGUAUUCAUAUGAAAUGCUUCAGGAGACAGCGAACUUCCUACUGGAGAGGACCCCCCUGCGGCCCACCAUUGGGAUCAUUUGCGGAUCCGGGAUGGGUGCGUAUUGGAGAGACGGAUCCCUGGCGGAGAGCAUAACGGACGCGGUCCGCAUCCCGUACGAGGACAUCCCCAACUUCCCUGUGAGCACGGUGGAGGGACACCACGGGCAGCUGGUGUUCGGGCGCCUGGGUGACGUGCCCGUCGUCGCCAUGCAGGGCCGCUUCCAUUAUUACGAGGGAUACCCGCUUUGGAAGUGCUGCUUACCAGUUCGAGUGAUGAAGCUACUAGGAGUCAAGACCCUAAUAGCGACCAACGCGGCCGGCGGUCUCAAUCCCAACUACAAGAUCGGUGACCUCAUGAUCGUCAAGGACCAUAUCAACAUGAUGGGCUUUGCUGGCAACAACCCCCUACAUGGACCAAAUGAUGAGAGAUUCGGUCCGCGAUUUCCGCCCAUGAACAAGGCUUACAACUACAAAUAUAGGAAUAUUGCGAAAGAGGUCGCGAAGGAACAGAACAUCGAGGACAUAGUUCGCGAGGGUGUGUACACGUGUCUUGGCGGACCCAACUUCGAGACCGUGGCCGAACUCAACAUGCUGAAGAUGGUUGGAGUCGACGCCGUGGGCAUGUCCACUGUGCAUGAGGUGAUAACAGCGAACCACUGCGCCAUGAACGUGUUCGGUUUGUCCCUCAUCACCAACGAGUGUGUGACCAGCUACGACACCGACGGAGAAGCCAACCACGAGGAAGUGUUGGACGUCGGACGCAUGCGGCAGGACCUCCUCCGGAAAUACGUCACGAGACUCGUCGAGAAGUUCGGCAAGCUCGUGUAAAUCCGGUUAAUGUCUCCGGGUGAAUGAUGAUUGAGUUGACCAAGCAGAUUUCACCAAUAAAUGAAGACAUGAGUGGAUGAAGAGGUUAGAGGGUAAUAAUUAUCAAUUUGCCGUUUUUGUGCAUAAAUGGAGGCUUUAGGGAAAACAAUUUGAAAUCGAAAAAUUGUGGAUUUUAUGUACAGCUAGAUACAUAUUAGCUACAUGAUGAAGUAGGUAACAUAAUAUAAGGAUUGUUCAAAAUAUAAUACCAAAGGGCAAAAAUGAGUAAUUGCACUUAUGUCGUUUAUUAUUAGUUACCUACUUCAACCAUUCAUGUCUUCAAAUGCGAAUCUCUCCCAAUCGUCCGACAUUCGAACAGUCUUUCUUUCAAUGUGUGAUUGUAUGACCUUGACUUAGAUUAGGGCUGAUUUUAUCAAUAAAUGAGAAUUCGGCAUACCUACCAAUCGCCGCACGAUCAAAUGUAAGUCUGUACCUUCGAUAUUAGAUGCAUUGUAAGGUUCUACGGCCUAUGAUAUAGGUAUAACUUACCUACAAUCGGUUCCCUAUUAAAAAUUGGCCUCGCUAAUACCCUAAAUAGGCAAGUUUGCUGCCUCGUAAUAUCAAAAUUACGAGCUUAAACAAAUUAACAAAAAAUUGUAUCAAAUCUGUCUCAAAUCUCUUGCUACUGGCGGCUGUAGUCAGGGCGCUCUCGUCCUCGUCUCGUUGGCUCUCGCGAGGAAUACAGCAAGCAUGUACGGCCGAGGACCUCGGCGAGAGGCUCUCGUCGAGUGUAUACAGCC